GGCAGAGGGGCCAGCGGCCGGAAGGGGCAGGUCUGACCCUCCCCACAAAGGCUGCUCUCUUGGCCCCAGUUCUCCCUGGGCUGGCGUCUUUUCCCAGACAGGGACCUCGCUCCAGAGCUGAACAGGGUUGUUUCUGGGAGGCUGGGUCCCGUCCGUGACUCAGAGCCGGACCCAGUGCUGCCCCGAUCAGACCCCGCUUCCUUUUCAGAACGUGGAAGGAUGUGAGUGUGUGCCUGAGGGUGUGGUCCUGUGGGGGUGGGUGGUCUUGGCCCGUGCACACCUGCAUGUUGCGCAUGGUGUUCCUGUGGGAGCGUGUGUGCAUGCCCACACAAGAAGUACUUCCUAGGCUGUGUGGGUCUCUACUUCCUCACAGCAGGCCCACACGGCCUCCCUACUCUUCUCCCACAUCCCAGGGCUGGGGCUUACAGUGCCCCCUGUUCCAGAGCUCCUUCAUGUCCCCCAAAGGCAUGUGGCCCCAUGUCUGGUGCGGAGGACCUGUCACCAGAGAUGGAAUUCAUUGCUCUGCACACCCACCCAACUAGCACAUCUUGGUCGAGCUUCCAGUUAUGGGCCCAGCAUAGGACUAAGGUUCAGUGGAGACCUGAGACCAGGGCCCCACCCACGCCAGAAGCCAAGGGGUACCUGCUGAGGCUGCCGGGAGGGGGUGCUGUGAUCUGCCCGUGAGCAGGGGUGCUGAUUCCUUUGGAAAUGGUUGUGCGGGAGCCAGUCCUGCUUCAGGCUCACUGGGACACUCAGCCAUUCGGAGUGUCAUCCAGCCAAGGGUUGCCUCUGCACAGUGCUACCUCUAUGGAUCUGUCCGUGGUCUGUUAGGAACUGGGCUGCACAGCAGGAGGUGAGCAGCUUCAUCAGUAUUACAGCUGCACCCCAUUGCUAGCAUUACUGCCUGAGCUCUGCCUCCUAUCAGAUCAGCGAUGGCAUUAGAUUCUCAUAGGAGCUCGAACCCUGUUGUGAACUGCAUUGGAGGGAUAUAGGAUGUAUGCUCCUUAUGAAACUCUAACUAAUGCCUGAUGAUCUGUCACUGUCUCCCAUCACUCCCAGAUGGGACCGUCUAGUCGCAGGAAAACAAGCUCUGGGCUCCCACUGAUUCUACAUUAUGGUGUGAUCCUAGGAGCGCCCCUGGCCUCCAGCUGCCCAGGAGCCUGUGGUACCAGCUUCCCAGAUGGCCUCACCCCUGAGGGAACCCAGGCCUCUGGGGACAAGGACAUUCCUGCAAUUAACCAAGGGCUCAUCCCGGAAGAAACCCCAGAGAGCAGCUUCCUCAUUGAGGGGGACAUCGUCCGGCCGAGUCCCUUCCGACUGCUGUCAGCAACCAGCAACAAGUGGCCCACGGGUGGUGGUGGUGUCGUGGAGGUCCCCUUCCUGCUCUCCAGCAAGUACGAUGAGCCCAACCGCCAGGUCAUCCUGGAGGCUCUUGCGGAGUUUGAACGUUCCACGUGCAUCAGGUUUGUCGCCUACCAGGGCCAGAGAGACUUCAUUUCCAUCAUCCCCAUGUAUGGGUGCUUCUCGAGUGUGGGGCGCAGUGGAGGGAUGCAGGUGGUCUCCCUGGCGCCCACUUGUCUCCAGAAGGGCCGGGGCAUUGUCCUUCAUGAGCUCAUGCAUGUGCUGGGCUUCUGGCAUGAGCACGCGCGGGCCGACCGGGACCGCUAUAUCCGUGUCAACUGGAACGAGAUCCUCCCAGGCUUUGAAAUCAACUUCAUCAAGUCUCGGAGCAGCAACAUGCUGACGCCCUAUGACUACUCCUCUGUGAUGCACUAUGGGAGGCUCGCCUUCAGCCGGCGUGGGCUGCCCACCAUCACACCACUUUGGGCCCCCAGUGUCCACAUCGGCCAGCGAUGGAACCUGAGUGCCUCGGACAUCACCCGGGUCCUCAAACUCUACGGCUGCAGCCCAAGUGGCCCCAGGCCCCGUGGGAGAGGGUCCCAUGCCCACAGCACUGGUAGGAGCCCCACUCCGGCCUCCCUAUCCCUGCAGCAGCUUUUGGAGGCACUGUCGGCGGAAUCCAGGAGCCCCGACCCCAGUGGCUCCAGUGCGCGAGGCCAGCCCGUUCCUGCAGGGCCUGGGGAGAGCCCACGUGGGUGGGAGUCCCCUGCCCUGAAAAAGCUCAGUGCAGAGGCCUCGGCAAGGCAGCCUCAGACCCUGGCUUCCUCCUCAAGGUCAAGGCCUGGAGUAGGUGCCCCCGGUGUUGCUCAGGAGCAGUCCUGGCUGGCCGGAGUGCCCACCGAGCCCACAGUCCCAUCUUCAGAAGCAGGAAUCCAGUCAGUCCCUGUCCAGGGAAGCCCAGCUCUGCCAGGGGGCUGUGUACCUGGAAAUCAUUUCAAGGGGAGGUCCGAAGAUUAAGCCUGUGGCUUCUGUCCCCAAGUAGGGAGGGUAUCCUCUGCCCAGUGGAGCUGGGUCAUCUACCUCUUGGCUCCUCUGGGCCACACCACUGUCUUCCAGCCCCAACCUACCACCCCAUCUCAGAGGACCAGGCCUCUUCCCCUCUCUUCACUGUGUUCCCCUAAGGGCUCCUAGGGCCAGGGGUUCUUCUAGCUCUGCCAUAGGGGAAGCAGGCCUGGCUGUGCCUGCUCUUGACUUUUGCCCCAGCCCUGGAGGAUGCUGGGAAUGGGAGGUGACAUUCUCCAGGGACAGGUCCUGGAAGGAGUGGGGAAGAAGUAGGUUCCAGCCCCGCAGAACCCUGGAAUCCCUUCUGUGCCUGAGGCCCUGUCCCCCAGCAUGGACUAAUGGUGUCCCUACCUCUCCAUCAGGGCAGCCCUGUGGCUGGGACCCUGGGAACGGCCUCCCAUCCCACCCAACAUGCCCAAGUGUGGGGGAAUGUUCUGCAGUGGCGUAGCCUCCAGCCCUUCUCUCCAGGAGGCUUUGAGAGCCCAACUCACUCCCCUGCAGAGCAGGAAGGUGCUAGGUCAAGGGCGGCCACCAUCGGGGAGAAGAGAGAGAAGUGGGGCCCCACCAGAUUGUACAAUGGGAACCUCAGCUGGCCCCUGAACAGAGGACUCAGUCGUCUCCACCCCAGACCGCUAUUCCCUGGAGCUCAGCCAGGCACAGCCUUGGAAGGAGAAAGGGCUGGGGUUACCUGGCCUGUCCUCCUCCAGGCAAGCCCCCCUCCUCCUCUGCCCCAGCUCCCAGCCUGGCCUCCUCCAGGCAGGCCCCACUCCUCUGCCCCAGCUCCGGCUUUCCCCAUGAGGUUUGUCCCAGGCAUGAAGAAAGCAUCCAGGGUGCCAGUGAGUGGGCCUGGGCCUGAGGCCCCUCAGUCCCCAAGGCUACUGUUUUGCUGGCCUCUCAGAGGGGCAAGGAAGUGCUGCUUGGGGUAGAACGGGUAGGAGCCCUACAUGUUGGGGGAGGAAAUAAAGUGGAGUGUGCUGUGCUGA